CCUACUCACCAGCCCUCGAAGCAGCUAAUACCUUCAACCACUGUAGAUACCCAGCAGCCAACCACAACCGGGAUUUACUACGUACUCGUCAUCCCCCGUAUCCAAGUCCUCGUGCACCGCUCUUAGGAAACCUCGACGAGAUGGCCCAUCACGGCUUUGCCCAGUUUGGCAGCGGCCAGAGUCACGGGAGCGUUGGUGCCAGCGUGGACCCGAACGACUUGGCCAUGUCCGGAACCUAUGGGCCUUCGUACUCGAACAACUUCAACGGGAACAACAACACCUCUAACUUCUUCGGCGAUGACGAGCUGCUCGACACGCUCGGCAGUCCAACCGAUCCCCCCCCCAACCAACCUGGCAUGCACAACCAAGGCCAGGACUUUGGGAUGAAUGACAUGAACAUGGGCUUUUCGCAAGGCAUGUACGCACCGCACCAAGGAAGCCACGGCUUGCCCAUGGAUGGAUCGCACAUCAACGGCUUCUCCAGUACCCCAGAUGGCGACCCGAUCCAGAGUCCAUUUGUGCACAGCUUCAAUCAAGCCCAGUUCCACCAGAUGCAGCAGCACCAGCAACCAUUCGGCAACUCGCUUCAAUCGCCGAUAUCCUAUUCCGGCUCGCCCCUUGCCGGCUCCGAUUUGAACAACGAUGGUAACGAUCCCAACUACCUCAACGCCAAGUCUCGCCCUCAGCUGUCGCACACGAUGCAGCGCAAGGCGUCUAACACGAGGAGCCCUCUCACACCCAAGACGGCUGGCGCGCUGUCCAGCCUACCAGUCAACUCUCGAGAUUCGUCGGCAUUUGGCGCCCAACCGAUCCGGACCCAGAACGGCCAUCACGAGAAGUCGCCGUCGGGCCAGUGGAUGCAUACCCCCAAUAGCCUCUCCUCGUUCCCAGGCUCCGGCUUCCCCUCGCCCAUGCAGCAUGUCGGUAUGCAGAACCCGCAGAUUACGGAUGUGCUAUUGAAGGGCGGUACAUCCAUGCCUGCUAAGCUUAGCGCUCCGCCGAAUGCCGUAUCGUCCCAGGAGAUGAAGAGGAAGCGACGCCGAGAAUCUCACAACCUCGUUGAGCGUCGCCGUCGUGACAAUAUCAACGAGAGAAUACAGGACCUCAGCAAGCUAGUGCCCACCCACCGCCUAGAGGACGAGAAAAUUCGCAAGCUCAUUCAGAACGGCACCCCUGUGUCUCCUAGCCUCACCGGAAUCUCGCAUCCGGCGCAGGCCACGUCCGGGCUCGCCGGCCCAGGAGCCAAGCGGGCCACCGGGGUCGGCAACAUUACGACCGGCCUCCCCCUCGAGGAGAAGGACAAGGGUCCUAACAAGGGGGACAUACUCAACGGGGCAGUAAGCUGGACCCGUGACUUGAUGUGGAUGUUGCAUCUCAAGCUCCAGCAGCAGGAGGAGCUCAUCAACACCAUCGCGGAUCUCGGUGGCAGCGUACCCCUCGAGAUGACAGAGGAUGAGAAACGGAUGCAGACGGAGCUGAUGGAGGCUAUAGCGAAGAACAACCCACACAGCUUCUCGUACUCCCGCUUUUCUGGCUCGGGCCUCCGAGUACCCCACCAUACCGACUACAGGGGUGAGUCGCUCAACGGGUCAGACACCGCUACGGCUGGACCUUCGGUGAGUCCCGAGGGCCCAGGCGGAUCAGAUCUAGCCGGAGAUUUGGGUGACGCUGGCCAAUUUUGGAACGAUCCGGACGACAACGGCAGCGGUACCCCAUCACUGAACUUCAAGGAGGAGGAUGAAUUCGGCAUGGACCUCUCGCAUUAAAGCCCGACGGCCUCGUUUUUUUUUCCCCAAUUUCUGCAUGUAGCCUGUUCAACUCUUAGGAUGAGGGUUUGGGCAUCAUAUAUGUAUGUCGUUGCGUAACAAAAGAA